AUUACCAUUGCUGCUCCAAUCAGCACAGCUCUAAUGAUCAAGAGCACCACCGCAGCCGCUCCAACAAGAACCACAGCUGCUUCAAACAGCGCCUCCACCAGCACCGCUCUAACAAGCACCACAGCCACUCCCACCACCACUACCAGUCCAAACAGCGCCGUUACGACAACUACGAGCACUCCUCCAUCUGCCAGCUCCGCUUCAACAACCACCACAGCUGCUCCAACCGGCGCCUCCACCAGCACUGUUCCAAACACCACAGAUGCAUCAACAACAAAGGCCUUCAGUGCUGCUUCUCCAACCACCACAGCUGCUUCAACCACCACCAGUGCCACUCCAACAAGCGCCUCCACCAGCACUGUUCCAACCGUCACAGGCGCAUUAACAACAAAGGCCUUCACCACUGCUGCUCCAAACACCACAACUGCUUCAACCACUACCACAGCUGCUUCAGACAGCGCUAAGACCAGCGCCGCUCUAACAAGCACCACAACCACUACCACUCCAAACAGCGCCGUUCCGAGAACUACGAGCACUGCUCCAAUCACCAACUCCACUCCAACAACCACCACAGCUGCUCCAAAAAGCAUCUCCACUGCUCCAACUUUGUCAACCAGCCCCUCCCCAACCAGCACAGCUGCUCCAAGCAGCGCCUCCAACACUGAUGCUCCAACCACCACAGCUGCUUCAAACACCACCAAUGCCGCUCCAAGCAGCGCCUCCACCAGCACUGUUCUAACUGCCACUGAUGCAUCAACAACCGAGGCCUUCACCACAGCUGCUUCAAGCACCAGUAGUGCCGCUCCCACCAUCGCCUCUACCAGCACUGUUCCAAACGCCACAGCCGCAUCAACAACAAAGGCCUUCACCACUGCUUCGUCAACCACCACAGGUGCUUUAACCACCACCAGUGCCGCUCCAAUCAGCACAGCUCCAACGAUCAACAGCACUGCUCCAACCACCACAGCCGCUUCAACAACAACCACAGCUGCUUCACACAGCGUCCCCACCAGCGCCGCUCUAACAAGCACUACAGCCACUCCCACCACCACUACCACUCCAAACAGCACCGUUCCGACAACUACGAGCACCCAUCCAUCCACCACCUCCGCUUCAACAACCACCAAAGCUGCUCCAAAAAGUGCCUCCACCAGCGCUGCUCCAACUUCCACAGCUGAUUCAACCACCACCAGUGCUGUUCCAACUUUAUUAACCAGCACAGCCGCUCCAACCAGCGCCUCCACCAGCACUGUUCCAACCACCGCAGGUGAAUCAAUAAGCAAGGCCUUCACAACUGGUGCUCCAACCUCCACCAGUGCUACUCUAAUUACCAUUGCUGCUCCAAUCAGCACAGCUCUAAUGAUCAAGAAAGGAUCAUCCAGGACCCGUCCCCAGACCUGA